GGUGAGUUUCGUGAGAUAGAGGGAGAGAGAUUCAAAGACUUCGACAAUCGUUGAGACUUCUUCUAUUCAGCUUUACGUUUUCUGGGGCUGAUCACUACUUUGCAGGAAACAGUAAUCGAUGUUAAAGACAUUGUUAGUCCAAUGGCUUGUGUUCUUCUUCUUCUUAAUCGGCUCCGUCGUCACCACCGCCGCAGAGGACGACGGUAGCUUGUCGUUAUGCAACUGCGACGACGAAGACAGUCUCUUUAGCUACGAGACAAUCCUCGACUCGCAAAAAGUCGGCGACUUUCUUAUCGCAGUCGCUUAUUUCUCGAUCCCAAUCGAGCUCCUCUACUUCGUGAGCCGCACCAAUGUGCCUUCACCUUACAAUUGGGUCGUCUGCGAGUUUAUAGCCUUCAUUGUUCUCUGUGGUAUGACCCAUUUGCUCGCUGGUUUCACCUACGGUCCUCACUGGGCUUGGGUCAUGACAGCUGUCACUGUCUUCAAGAUGUUGACUGGGAUCGUCUCUUUUCUCACGGCGCUCUCGUUAGUCACUCUCUUACCAUUGCUUCUUAAGGCUAAGGUUCGUGAGUUUAUGUUGAGUAAGAAGACCAGAGAGCUUGAUCGUGAGGUUGGGAUCAUUAUGAAGCAGACUGAGACGAGUUUGCAUGUUCGUAUGCUCACUACCAAGAUUAGGACGUCUCUUGAUCGACACACCAUUCUAUACACUACCCUUGUGGAGUUGUCCAAGACUCUUGGGCUCAAGAACUGUGCGGUUUGGAUCCCGAAUGAGAUCAAGACGGAGAUGAAUCUUACGCACGAGUUAAGACCGAGGAUUGAUGAUGAGAAUGAGAAUGAGAAUGUGAGUGGUUAUGCUGGGUUUUCGAUACCUAUUACUGAGUCUGAUGUUGUGAGGAUUAAGAGAAGCGAAGAGGUGAAUAUGUUGAGUGCUGGUUCUGUGCUUGCCUCAGUGACUAGCCGAGGCAAGCCAGGUCCUACGGUUGGGAUAAGAGUACCGAUGCUUCGGGUUUGUAACUUUAAAGGCGGGACACCUGAGGCGAUUCACAUGUGUUAUGCAAUCUUGGUGUGUGUGCUUCCAUUGAGACAGCCGCAGGGUUGGACUUAUCAAGAGCUUGAGAUUGUUAAGGUCGUGGCUGAUCAAGUGGCGGUUGCGAUCUCUCACGCCGUGAUUCUUGAAGAAUCUCAGCUCAUGAGAGAGAAACUCGCGGAACAGAACCGAGCGCUUCAGGUUGCAAGGGAAAACGCGCUGAGAGCUAAUCAAGCGAAGGCUGCGUUCGAGCAGAUGAUGAGCGAUGCAAUGAGGCGUCCUGUGCGGUCCAUUCUCGGGUUGCUUCCUUUGAUACUUCAGGACGGGAAAUUACCCGAGAACCAGACUGUUAUCGUUGAUGCGAUGAGGAGAACCAGCGAGUUACUUGUACAGCUUGUAAACAACGCCGGAGAUAUUAACAAUGGGACAAUCCGCGCUGCAGAGACACACUAUUUCAGUUUGCAUUCGGUUGUGAAGGAGUCGGCUUGUGUGGCGAGGUGUUUAUGCAUGGCAAAUGGUUUUGGUUUCUCAACUGAAAUUUAUAGAGCAUUGCCUGAUUACAUCGUAGGCGAUGAUAGGAAGGUAUAUCAAGUGAUCUUGCAUAUGCUUGGGGUUUUAAUGAACCGAAAGAUCAAAGGGAAUGUGACUUUCUGGGUUUUUCCGGAAAGCGGAAACUCAGAAGUAUCAGAGAGGAAAGAUAUUCAAGAAGCGGUUUGGCGACAAUGCUAUUCUAAAGAAUACAUUGAAGUUAGAUUCGGGUUGGAGGUAGCUGCAGAAGGUGAAGAGAGUAGUAGUAGUAGUAGUAACCUGGAGGAGGAGGAGGAGAUUCCAAGUCUCAACGUCUGCGAAAACAUUGUAAAGUAUAUGCAAGGAAAUAUUAGGGUUGUUGAGGACUGUCUAGGUUUGGUGAAAAGCCUCUCGGUUGUUUUCCGGUUUCAACUCCGGCGAUCGAUAAUGUCACGAGGCGGUGGAUAUUCUGGAGAAACGUUUAGAACUUCAACACCUCCUUCUACAAGUGAUCAUUGGCGUGAAGAAGUGGGGAGGGUAAUGUAGUGCAAAAGAGAGAUAAGGGGUGGAAUGUGAGAAUUUGUAAAAACAGUAGGGGCUUUGAUGAGAUUAAUAGAGAGAGAACUAAAACGUUGUCGUUUGGUUGUAAAAAACCUGAAAGUUAACU